UAGUAGUACAGUAGGUGUGCCAAGUUUCGUCGGCCACAUUUCUUCAGGAGUUCCACCCACUCUGCUGCAGUAGCUUCCUGCUUUCAGUCACAUUUCCACACACAAACUCUUGGUCUUAUCCGGAGAUGUCUUUGAGUGAGAAAAGUGAUGAGGAGAUCAGCGAGUUGCUUGCUGAGUAUGGCAUCAAACAUGGACCCAUAGUAGACUCUACUAGAAAGCUGUAUGAAAAGAAGCUUGAAAAGGCCAUGGAGGCCACUCCACUGCAAGCCUCAUCUGAUAAGACCUACUACAGAGAGGAAGAGGAGGAAGUCACCUACAUCACAUACCAGAGUCCUGUUAGACAUGAGGUUUAUGGGGAUGUGCUGAAACGAAGAGGCAAUGCUGAGCCAGAAGAAGACGAGGAAUCAGACCAAGAUACAGAGCCCCCUAUCCAGGUCGCUUACAAAACUGCCAAUCACAGCGCAGCAGAAUCCAGGGAACCAGCCAGAAAGGCUGGAGGCAGCAUGUGGAAAGCGAUUCGACUGCUGCUGCUGUUAACUGUGUUAGCAGCCGUCCUCUACUAUGCCUACUGCCGUGUGAUAAACAAUGAAGAUCCUUUUGGGAUUCAGUGAUCUGAUUUGUUGUUAGGAUGUCAGGGUUAUUUUCCAUUCCAUUGAAGGCAUUUCUUGUCCAUAAAUGUUAUUAGUGGAGAGUGCAUCAUUCCAUAUGCCCACAUUCCAUAAACUUUCUUAGUGUCACCAAAUCUUCCGAAUUGACCAAAACCAGACACAUCAGUCUGUGUAUGUAUCAAAAACCUGAUACAUCUUCUUCCUCUGUCUCAUUAAGCUCCAUUUGGGUACUGUUGGGUCUCUGUAAAUAAUGUUAUAAGGAGUUCAGUCUAGACCUGCUCUUUUUGAAAAGUGUCCUGAGAUAACUUCUGUUAUGAAUUGGCGCUAUACAAAUAAAAUUGAAAUUGAAAAUUGAAA